AUGGAGGAGAUAGGGAAAGAGACAGCUGUCACAGCUCCAGGUCCGUCUCUAUGCCUGAGCAAGCACGUCGAUCCAUCGAGUGAAGAGAGUCAUCGAUACUACCUUGCGCGGAGGACUGCCUUGGAGAUGCUCCGUGACAGAGGCUACCAAGUCUCCUCCGAAGAUAUCGAUCUCUCCCUCCAGGCUUUCCGAGCUGUUCACGGCGAACAUCCCGACGUUGACCGUCUCCGUAUCUCCGUUCAGCAUCGCUCCGAUUCUUCCAAAAGGGUCAAGGUUGUGUUUUUUGGUACUGGUAUGGUUAAAGUCAAUUCAAUCCGCAGUGUUGCAGCAGAAGUACUUAGCCAAGAAACGAUCACAGGGCUGAUAUUGGUCCUGCAAAGCCAUGUAACCAAACAAGCCUUGAAAGCCCUUGAACUUUUUCAAUUCAAGGUCGAGAUAUUCCAGAUAACCGACUUGCUAGUCAACAUAACGAAACAUGUACUGAAGCCACAACAUCAAGUUCUGAGUGAUGAAGAGAAGACAGCACUUCUCAAGAAGUUCGAUAUCCAGGAAAAACAGCUUCCUCGGAUUUCAAAGAAAGACGCGAUUGUGCGGUACUAUGGACUGGAGAAAGGACAAGUUGUGAAAGUGAAUUACAGAGGCGAACUCUCAGAGUCUCAUGUUACCUACCGAUGUGUGUGGUGA